UCCAAAGAAAAAAGUUGACAAUGGCUGAAGGCCGUCACUCAUUCUUUCUCUCUGUCCAACUCCUCUGCCCUUUCAGCCUCGUGAUAGCCCAGUCUUCUCGUGUUGUACAGUGAGAAUACAAGAACCAUGUACAGCCGAGGGUCUGCAUACUCGAGUGGAGGCGGCAGCUACAGCUACAACAGUGGCACGAGCCACAACUAUCCUCCCUCGUCAGCCAGCUACUAUGGCGGCAACCACAACCACCACAACAGCAACAACGUGAACAACCACAUGAGCAAUACGGGCUAUGGUAACUCGCAAGCGUACGCCACGGCAGCGGAUGCUGCCAAUCAUGCCAAUGACAACAACAGUCAAACAUCGACGCGCGUCUUGUUGGCCAACGGCGCCAAGUUUGGAGCGUGCUGUUGUCGAACCACCACUUCCACGACGCAGUCGUUGUGGGCAUCGACCAAAGAACGAUUUCUGUCUCCCGUCAGUCACGCCUUUUUGAGUUCGUCCUAUUGGCGCGUGUUGCUAGUCUUUGGCAAUUUUAUAUUGCUGUUUGGAAGUCCCAUUCAAAUGUUACUCUUUCCACCGGCACUGGAUCCCGUCAUGGACGUCUUGUAUACGCUCGUACUAGUGGCCUUUUUGGUCGACAUGAUCUUUCGAGCCGUCGUCGUGUCGGGCUAUUUUGGCGUCGAUCUCAAAAUGAUUCGAAAAAGUGCCGAUGGAUAUCACUACAUGUUUGCAUGGCCGCAUAUGGGCAGUUUUCUCUUUUGGUGUGAUUUAUUCUCCACACUCACGCUGUUGUGGGAUAUUUCCUUUACCAAUCCACGCAAUUUUGAUAUCGAGACAUUCUAUGUCGAUCUAGAAGCCAAUCUGGCACUUGCCAACGGAAGUUUGGAAAAGAUCAACAACAAUAAUCCCUGGGAAUUCAAUUGGCCCCUCAUGAUUACCAUUCUCAAAACAGCCCGGGUCGUUCGCUUUGUACGAUCGCAAGCUGUCUCCAAUCUCAUUUCCAAAGUCAAUUGGUACUAUCCCAUGCAACGACUCACGGCACUCUGCAACUAUCUCAAUUGCUGUCCCAAUCGAAGACGCUUUCGAGAACUGGAAGAAGAUCACGAUGAUACCGUCAAGAAUCCCAAAACAACACACAUGAUUCACAGUGGCACUCACACUCAUACCAACUUGAUGGUCUCCACCAAAUCCACGUCCUCCAGUGGCAAACAGGAUCGUUCCAAUCGCAUUUCCGGAUCGGGCAAUAAUAAUAAUAAUGUCUUGGAUGCCAUGGAUCAAGCCAUGAACAGUUCCAAAACCAGUCAUCAUACGGGCGCUGGUGGUCCCGAAGAUCAUCGACGAGCAUCGUGGGGUGCCGGCAUUGGUGUUGCCAUUGCCAUUAAAGCUCAACGAUUGGCCAAUGCCGAAGAAUCUCCCAAAACACUUGGACAAAAAAUGAAACAAUGGGUGGCAAACAAUCUAUUUGGCAAGAGUCAACGCGAAAUUCAAAAACAACAAUUAUUGGCGGCGGCCAAGAUUCAACGAGCAUGGCGACGCUAUCGCGAUCGCAAGACCGGGCUCAGUAGUAACAAUUCGGGAAGUCCUUCGGAUCUCUUUCAAGAUGAACAAUUGUUGGGUCAUGGAUUGGGAUUGGCGGCGGGAGGGAAAUCGUCCGUCGCCGAAGGUGGUAGCGGUGGUGGCAAGUGGACAUCGUCCCUUUCCAAAACGAUUUCCGCCAAGAAAAAGUUAGUGCCCAAGACGUUGCGCAAAAUGAGUAUUUAUCCCGGUAUGGAUGCCGCUGGUGCGGCCGCGUCGCGUGUGGCACAAAAGUUGAAAUAUGCGGCCGGUGGCGAGUCGGCGGCCGAAUCCCAAGUCGGUGGUGCCAUGCGAGAAUUGACCGGACAACGUGUCGCCAUUGGCAUUUUGGUGGCGUUGCUCUUGACAGCGACGUUUACGUACGUCGAAUACGACUCGACCCGCAGUGCCACCAUGGUGAUUCUACAUGCGCAAACAACCGGGACCAGUAUCAGUCGGGAUGGGAGUACGACCGUGACGCGUCCGCCACCAGCCAGCUGGAUCCAAACGGCAUUGGCGGCGGCGAGAACUUCGUCGAUUCCUGAUUUGUAUCAAUUCAAUGCGUCCAAUCUCGAAGGAGACGAUGGGAUUGAAACGUUUGAAUUUGAGGUGGACGAAAACGACGACAAUGACUUAAGGAAUCGGGAAAAACUCAUGGUGAUUAUUAAGAGUACCAAUUGGACCGAUCCCAACAAUCGGACCAUGACCAGUGUUGGAUGGUUUGCCUAUCAGAAGGAACGGAAAAAUGAAGCACUCGUACAGCUCAUGUCGACCAUUUUCAUUUUGCUAUUGUGGUUGUUUGGUGUCACGGCGUUUGCGGGACCUGUCAUGGUGUUGGUUGUGCUGCCGAUUGAACGAAUGGUGCGCUUGUUGGGGAUGCUCAUGGUGGAUCCUUUGGGGUACCAGAGUACUUCCCAGUACCGUCGAUUCGUGAGGGAAGAAGACGAACUGACCAAGAAUACCCGUUGGACCAAAGAGGUUCUCAAGGGAAUGGAAACCAGCUUUCUCAUGUCCACCAUUCUAAGAAUUGGAAGUCUCAUGAAGGUUGGAUUUGGAAGCGCUGGAGUGGAAAUCAUUCGAAAGAACUUGGAGAAGAGGCAGGGUGGCAGUGUCAAUCUACAAACUUCCAAGGGUGUGACUGUGUCUUGUAUCUUUCUCUUUUGCGAUAUUCGACAGUUCACAGAUGCGACCGAAUGCCUACAAGAAGAGGUCUUUGUGUUUACCAACCGUAUUGCCGCUGUCGUACAUUCCAAUUGUCACAGCUUUGGUGGCAGUGCCAAUAAGAAUGUCGGGGAUGCCUUUCUGUGUAGUUGGCUGUUGGACGACCCACCCAACGAUGGCUUUGAUGGCGACGAAGAAUUGUUCGCCCGGAGUAACCAAGCCGACAAGUGCCUCAUGUGCGUCGUCAGGAUCAUCAUGGCGUUGCAUCAUGAUAACUACUACAUUGAAACCAUGAGUGAAGCACCGCGCCAACGGUUGCUCAACAAGCUCAAGAAGCGCCCCGGUCCGGUGGUUCAGAUGGGAUGCGGUCUUCAUGCUGGAAAGGCAGUCCAAGGUGCCAUUGGUUCCGAGCGUAAGAUUGAUGCGACUUAUGUCUCGGAAGCUGUGGAAAUGUCAGAGUUUCUAGAGUCCUCCACCAAAAAAUACGGCUUGAAAAUGCUCAUGUCCAAUGCCUUUUACAAGUUGAUGCACUCGAACAAUCGGCAACGUUGUCGUCUCGUGGAUCAAAUCGUUAUGCCCAGCGACGAAGAGGACGAAGAUGACCUGGGAGCAAUGUACGAACGCGAUGACAUUGUGGAGCUCUACACAUUCGACAUGGAUGUGGAUGCCUUGUGGAAAGCUCCAGCCGCGGCACAAAAGAGUACAGGUGCUGGUGUCGGCGGAGGCACGGGCGCCAGCAAACAGGAGAUGGAUGGCGGCAGCAUGUCCGAUGCCGACUCUCGUCAGGGCAUUUCUGAUCGACGUGGAGAACUGAAAAAGGUGUUGUCCGCCCAACGAAACCCCGGCUCGACGACGAGGCUGACGCGGCCGGGACGUCGUAUGAGCAUUACAACCAUGCUCCACAGCAAGAGCGUUGUCAAUUCGAGUAACAAUUCGCAAGGACUGAAGAACGCGAAUUUGGAUAAUUCCGUUCACGAAGCCCUCGGAGGGGGCGGUGGUGCCGGUGCCACGGAGCACAAUUCCGCCGCCAUGAAGCCGCCCAAUUCGGACCCCAAGGAAGGGGCUCCCGAAUUCCGCAAACCAGAGUUGAUCCUUCCCACGGGUCCUGCGCUCUACACUCCAGCGAUGUGGCGUACCAAUACCAUGUUUCGCAUCCGCAAGAAGUACUUGGAUGGUUUGUUCUUCCACAACUACAGCACUGGAUUGCAAUCGUUUUACCAUCGCGAAUGGGAUCGUGCUACUCAAAGUUUCAAGGCGAUUCUGGAUAGUUUCGAAGAUGGUCCGUCGAGAUAUUUCCUGAAUCAGAUUGAGAAGAAUGGAGGCAAGCCACCGCCCAACUUCAAGCCCUACGGAAUAGCAUAG